UGGGCCCUCAAGGUGCCCAUAAGGGACUAGGUCAACUCAGCUGUUUGAAUGAAAUUGUUCAGAAAAAUUAUUUUACCUACCAGCUGGUAGUAUGAGGGCUGGUGGUAGCGGGGGGCGUAAGCUUAAUUAUGUUUAUAUAAUGAGAGUUAUAGUCAUAUGUGUAAUUUUGAUGGCUGUGUUUUCGAUUGUCUUAAUUGCCAAGCAACCUAUUUCUUUAGGGCUAGUGCUAUUGAGGGGGUCUAUAAUUGCAUGUGUGGAGGUUGCACUGGAGGUUAGAAGGUUGUUAGGGUUCUUAUUGUUCCUAACUUACGUUAGGGGUGUAAUAGUCCUGUUCUUGUAUGUUUUAAGGAUCUACCCCAAUGAAGUGUAUCGUUUUAAUCUAGAGUUUAUGGUUCUCGUCAGAAGGUGUUGUGCCAGAGCGGUCCUUAUGGGUCUUAUGAAUUACGAGUACAGAGAAAUUAGCGGGUCUUUGUUUCUAAGUUUCAUGGCUGAAAGAAGCGGGUUAAGGUUAUAUAUCCUAAUAGCUGGUGUGUUACUGUUUGUAAUAUUAGUGGUGUCGUAUUUGUGCAUAAAAACCAUGGUGCCUUUACGAAGAGUAAAAUAAACCUAAAAUAGAA